AUGGUCAACACUUGGGGCAAGGACCUGGGGACUUCCUUGUGUUCUGAUGGAUCUGACUCCUUCUCCAACCUCUUCCUCCUCCUCCUGGCCGCCCUCCCAGGGCUGCGGGCGGCCGUGGAGCUGACGGAGUCCGGAGGGGGCCUCGUGACACCCGGGGGGUCCCUCACCCUCCGCUGCAAGGCCUCCGGCUUCACCUUCAGCAGCUUCACCAUGCAAUGGGUGCGACAGGCCCCUGGGAAGGGGCUGGAGUGGGUCGCACUUAUUAGCAGUGGUGGUACCACAGUUUACGCGCCGUCGGUGAAGGGUCGCUUCACCAUCUCCAGGGACAACUCCCAGAGCACGGUCACGCUGCAGAUGAACAGCCUCAAGGAGGACGACACGGCCACCUACUACUGCGCCAAAGAAGCUGGUAGUUAUGGUUGUGGUUAUGGUGCUGCUGGUGGCCCCGACCCCAUCACCGUGUCCCCACAUCUUCCUCAAUCCCUUCACCAACCCAGAUGGACCGUGAAGCUGACAGAGUCCGGAGGGGGCCUUCAGACACCCGGGGGGUCCCUCACCCUCUGCUGCAAGGGCUCCGGCUUCACCUUCAGCAGCUUCGAAAUGUUCUGGAUUCGACAGGCACCCGAGUGGGUCGCGGGUAUUACCAGCGGUGGUAGCGCCUACUACGCGCCGUCGGUGAAGGGUCGCUUCACCAUCUCCAGGGACAACUCCCAGAGCACAGUCACGCUGCAGAUGAACAGCCUCAAGGAGGACGACACGGCCACCUACUACUGCGCCAAAAGUGCUGGUGGUUAUG